AUGACUGACAUGCGAAUCCCCACAAUCACCAACGACCCUUCCAAGGUCCAACUGUCCCGCAUCGCCCAUGUCUACUUCGAACACCCAGACCUCGACCAGUUCGACAGAUUCGCAGAUGACUUUGGCUUCGUUAAAGAAGCUCGUGUCGGAGAUACCAUUUACUAUCGAGGUUAUGGAAUAGACCCUUUCAUUUAUGUCGCAGCUAAGAGCAAAGAUGGCAAGCGGAGAUUCCUUGGACCAGCUUUCGUGGCUGCCUCUGAGGAAGAGUUUGAAAAGGCAGCUGCUCUUGAUGGAGCUGAGAGAGUCUCUCUUGAGCAUGCGCCUGGUGGUGGAAAGAUGAUCAAGUUCAGUCGACAAGAUAAUACCUUUUUUCAUGUUGUCUAUGGCCAAGAAGAGAGAAAGACGGACUCGGAAGAACCCACUGCAACACACGAACAGCAGGGUCCUUACAACAAACCCUUCACAAAGCCAAGGCGAGGCAAAUACCAACGCUAUCAUCCUGGCCCAGCUCUCGUCCACAAACUCGGCCAUUUCGGCUACGUCGUCCCAGACUUUGACAACGAGCUAGCAUGGUACACAGGUAACUUCAAUUUCGUCCCCUCAGAUAUUCUGUACCACUGGGACUUCUCCAACAUGGAUGUACUCACCUUCAUGCACUUGGAUCUCGGCGAUGAAUAUUCUGAUCAUCACUGCUUCUUCAUGCAGCGAGCUGAACCUCAUGUUAAGAAGAUCUACUGCCACCAUACCUCGUUUGAAGUCGCCGACUUUGAUACACAGCUCAUUGGGCAUGAGUACCUGGCUAGCAAAGGCUGGAAGAGCAUCUGGGGCGUCGGACGACACGUUCUGGGCAGUCAGAUCUUUGACUAUUGGGCUGAUCCUAGUGGGUUCAAGAUUGAGCAUUAUGCUGAUGGUGAUGUUGUGAAUCGGGCAAGUGGGACUAAGAGGGAUGUUGUUGGGCCGUUCUCGGUUUGGGGUCCCGAAGUGCCAAAGGACUUUGGAGAGAAGGGUGCCUAA